AUGAGGAAUAUCAAAGAAGCAUGUUUCCCAAAGCCAGUCAGAUCUGAUCUGGGCCAGAGGGAUCUCAGCUUGUGGUAUGAAUACCAUGGGACUCACAGCCAUAGAACUGUAGACUGCCGACGUCUUCGCGAAGAGGUUGCGAUAUUACUGAAAAAUUUCCAUUUCAAGGAAUUCUCGAGUGAUCGAACCAAGAACAAUUACGGCCGAAGCCGGGAUAAUGCAGAGCCUUUGAAGGCAAUAAAAGACUCCCCUCGGUUGACUAUUAACAUGAUUUUUGGUGGAAAUGAAGUCAACGGUGUAAGCUUCUCAACGGCUAAGAAAACAAAGAUAUUAGUGACUCACAACAAGAGACGCCCGGGAGUCACGAAAGAUAAUAUCACCUUCAUGGAGGAGGAUGCUGAUGGACUUCUCCUGCCACACAACGAUGCUUUGGUAAUCUCUCUUAAUGUUUUAGAUUUCAAAAUUAAAUGUAUUUUGGUUGACCCAGAAAGCUCAGAAAACAUCAUCCCAUGGAAAGUGCUGGAGCAAGCAAAGCUGACCGGAAGUAUCAUUUCGAAGACAAAACUCUUAGCUGUAUUCAACUUGACAAGUGUGACAACUCAAGGAGAGAUUUUGCUUAAACGCCAAAGGAUGGAUCAAAACCUCUAUGUUCGAAGUGGUAGAUAG